GGGGGGGUGAAUAGGUGAUCCUGUAAAAACUUAAACUUAUAGCCACAAAACUUGAUUAGGUGUUAGCACAGUUUAUGCCAAGUGGCUAGAGAGGAGUCAAAACACAAUAACCACAAGAAUCCAAUCACAGAGAUGACACAGUGGUUAUCCCGUGGUUCGGCCAAGUACAAAACUUGCCUACUCCACGUUGUGGCGUCCCAACGGACGAGAGUUGCACUCAACUCCUCUCAAGUGAUCCAAUGAUCAACUUGAAUACCACGGUGUUCUUGCUUUUCUUUUCUCAAUCCCGUUUGCGAGGAAUCUCCACAACUUGGAGCCUCUCGCCCUUACAAAAGAUGUUCACAGAGAAUCACAGAGCAAAGGAGGGAUUAGCAACUCACACACGACACAAAGAUCACAGCGAAUACGCACACACAAGACCCAGACUUGAGCUCAAAAGACUAGCACACUAGAACGGAGCUCAAAUCACUAGAAUGUCGAACAAGUGCGCGAGAUUGAUGUGUGAGUGAUCAAGAGUGCUCAAGGAAUGCUUGGUAUGCUCCUCCAUGCGCCAAGGGGUCCCUUUUAUAGCCCCAAGGCAGCUAGGAGCCGUUGGGAACAAAUCUGGAAGGCCAUCUUUGCCUUCUGUCUCGUGGCGCACCGGACAGUCCGGUGCACACCGGACACUGUCCGGUGCCCGAUUUGUUUCCAUAGAAAGCGAAGCCGACCGUUGCCGACCGUUGCAGAUCUGGCGCACCGGACAGUCCGGUGCACACCGGACAGUCCGGUGCUCCCUUCCGACCGUUGGCUCGGCCACGUGUCGCGCGCCGAUCGCGCGGCCGACCGUUGGCCCGGCCGACCGUUGGCUCACCGGACAGUCCGGUGCACACCGGACAGUCCGGUGAAUUUUAGCCGAAGUCGCCGGAGAAAAACCCGAGAGCGGCUGGUUUGCGCUGCGCUGAUCUGGCGCACCGGACACUGUCCGGUGCACACCGGACAGUCCGGUGCCCCAGCCCGAAGCAGCCUUUGGCUGUACACAGCCACUCUCCACUUCUUUUCUUUUCUUCUUUCUCCUGUUUCUAACACUUAGACAAGAUGUUAGUACACAAAACUAAUGUACUAAGGCUUAGAAACAUACCUUUACUUGUGAUUUACACUUUGUUCAUCCAUGAGCAUAUUUUCACAUUUAGGCCCUUGUGUUUGCACUCAAUCACCAAAAUACUUAGAAAUGGCCCAAGGGCACAUUUCCCUUUCAACUGGCGGCUUGCGCAGAGCAGCGCAACGAGGCAGAACAACGCAGAGGUGAGGUAGAGCACUGGCGGCGGCGGCACACUGGACUUUGGAGCGGCGCCGCACUGCACUGUGGGCGGAGGGAGGAGGGAGUAGAGGGGCCGACGGCGUGCCUGGACUCCUGGAGGCGGCUGAGGGCGGCUGAGGACAAUCGACGGCGGUAGCAGGCUGAGGACGGCUGGCGGCUGAGGACGGCUAAGGAUUUAGGGUUUGAGGGCGACUGAGGACGGCUAAAGGCCUAGGAAGGCCCACUAACAACUAGAAUGUUCAUAGAACGCUUAAAACACCAUAAAACACGUUUUAGACGGUUACACGACGCUUAAACGUCCAAAACGGACGUUCAACACCAUUUUCUUAGAACAUGCGGACGUUUUAGUUCCUACUCACGUUUUAUCGCUUAAAAGACGCUUAAACGUCGUUUAAGCGACGUUUUAAUAACAAUGCUUAAAACACUUAGUUCUCACUCAAACCGGUGGAUUGCGACCUAGAUCAAACUUCUAGAACACUUAGUUGUCACUCAAAUCGGUAGAUUGCAUUCGUUGCUCUUGAAAAAGGGCUCCUAGCCGGCUAGACAUCUUCUAUUCACUCAAGCCCUUGUGGGUACUCCAAAAAGUUUGUAAUCUCUAUCAACAUCUAGUAAGAACUCUCAAUCAAGAGACUUGCACUCUUAACUUUAGUUCUCACUCAAGACGGUAGAUUGUAUUCGUUGCUCUUGAAAAAAAGGCUCAUAGUCGGCUAGGCAUCUCCUAUUCACUCAAGCCCUUUUGGGUACUCCAAAAAAAAUUGUAAUCUCUACCAACAUCUAGGAAGAGCUCUCAAUCAAGAGACUUGUGCUCUUAACUUGAGAAGUGUACAUAGUUCUUGAAACCAAGUCUGGAUGGCUUCCUCAACAUGGAGGUGACAAUCCUUAGUGGCAUGCUAAACCAUAGAAUAAAUCAUUUGUCCCUUGUGUUUUUUAUGAUCGUAUUAUGUUCUACUUAUGUUGUGGUUGGUUUAGGGUUUGCGCCCGAUCUACUUGUACUUAAGCUUUUGACAUCGUUGUGAAUUAGACUCAAAGCUACCACAAGAACCUUAGUAAAUCACUCGAUCUAAGUUCUCUUAGAUAGUUUUUGAAUUUUAUACAUGAGGUACCUCGGGUGCGGUAGUACCACAUCAAUACCCAAAACUGUCGUGGCACGGUGAUCCUCACGCAAGCACGAGAGUAUCGCGUCUGAUUCUAACUGUUAUAUUAAGUUUGUUUUAUAUGUCUAUUGAACCAUGGUUCUUAAGGCGGUAAGACGAGGCAAGGCGUUGGACCACCGCCUGGACGCCUAGGCAACACCUAGCCGCUUACUAAGGAGAGCAAGGGGACACCUUACCAAUUAGAGAAAUAGAAGAACAACAUAGAUGAGGAAGAAAAAGCACCUUACCAAUUAGAGAAAUAGAAGAACAACAUAGAUGAGGAAGAAAAAGGAAAAGGAAGGGCUAGGAGAUGUAUAAGAGAUGGCCUAUCCCAUCAGCUAGCCCAUAUAACCUUCCCUGCUAGUGAUUAGGGUUACCCCAGUCUCACGAUGCUGCUCGCCGGCAUCUCAGCGUCACCUCUCCUGCUCCCCCGAGCUCUACGCCGCUGCUCCCCCAGCUUUGUGCCGUUGUUGCCCCUGAGCUGUACGCCACCGCUCGCCCUGAGCUCUGCAUUGUCGGUCGCCGCUCUCUCGAGCUCUGUGCCGCCACUGUCCCAAGCUCUAUACCGUCGCCUAGGCUUCUUCCCCUUCCCCUCUUACCUCGCUUGCUGAUUCUUAGCUAGGCGGGGACGCCUAGAACUUUUGGGCGCCUGGACUUAGGUGUCACCUAGGCGACACCUUUGAAACCAUGUAUUCAAAACCCUAUAGACUUGCAUGAUCCUUUUUCACUACCAGAACCCAAGAUUUGGCAAAGUCGCCACAUCCACUUGCUGCUGUGCAUGUUGCAUAUCACUAAAAAAUAAGUGUGGUAAAUGCUAAAAUAAAUCUAGAAAGAAAAAAGUAGAAAAAUACGAGUACUUAUUGAUACAACUUAUGAAUAUUCACAUAUUCGAUAUCGUUUCUACCGCGAUGUGUCGAUCUUCUGUAACUAUGGUAAUAUGAGAAGUUUGUGAAUUUAAAUAAAUGAAAUAAAAUGAUACUUAACACAUGUUUUUAUCUUUCUACAAUCAAAUCUUGGACUUCCACAAUGCUCGUGAAGAACCCUCUAUCCCUUGGAAUUAUUCCUCGUUUGUGCCGGAUUGGUGGGUCGGAACGAUUCCUAACCGGAUUGCUUCUCUAAUUUAUAUAAACUUUAAUUAGCUGAAACGAUUCCGGAUGCAAUCCGAUAGAAACGAACAAGGCCUAAAGUGAUUGUGAUGCCUUGUUGCUAGCCUAGCGGUCAACCAUUAUUGUCGCAUUGUAAUUAUCAGAUGACAAUGGGUAUGAAUCCAUUUUGUAUUGUCCAUCUAUACCUACAAUUGAUGGGAUAAAUGGGUAUGAAUCCAUUUUGCAUUGUCCAUCUAUACCUACAAUUGAUGGGAUAAAUCGUACCCAUCAAACUUUACCUGAUCUAGGUACAAACUCAGAUACAUACCCAUGCUCUGAUGCUCAUAAGAGGUUGAAUUGCUACGACAGCUUGUCCAAAGGCAGCAACAAGUACCACAACCUCAUGAUGUGUACAACCACCACCAGCCUCUGGUUGUGAGCUACCAGGAUUUCGAUUUCUUGAGUACACAACUGUUCAACAAGACUGAAGAAUCCACUCUGAUGCUUGGAUAUGCAUGGAGAUGCUUUCAGUAGUUUGUUUGGAUGAAAGCAAGGCCAGAUUUGGUGCUCAACAACUGCGAUGAUUGGCUCGUCUAUGUGGAACAACUAUCACGUCAUACUCUCAGCAGAUCACAUUUUCUCAUAGGAAGAAUUUAAGAUAACUUUCUGGAAGGACUAACGGAGAGGGUUUCUAGGACUGACCCAAGACAACUGCACCAUACUCUAGUAUGGUCAAGCUUUCGAAAUCUAUGCCAGUAUGUAGGAUAUCAUGGAGACACGGAUGCCAAAAAAGAGAUCGUUUUCGUCGGCCUCAAUACCAUGCUCAAACAACGCCUAAACCCGGUGAAAGUAGACAUGUACAAUAAAAUUAUGAACUUGGCUAUCACGCAAGAAGACUGCAUCAUGCCUCGGAGAAGUGAAAGGCCCCAAUUGCACCAUCAAAUGCCCAGAAUCAGAAAUUCAAGCUCGUCUCCAAUGCACUGGCCAGAGUUUCUCAAGCAUCACAACCCGAAUGUUAGCAUAGAAGAUACAUAUGACCGCUAUCAUCAAUUUGCGGGAGCAGGAAGAAAAGUGAACGGACAUAACAACGAUAACCGGGAUGUAGCUGCUUCAGAUUUACAGUCGAGACUUAAGGAGAUCGCAACAUGGUCUAAACAAAACAACGCUGAGGAGUCGGAUGCCAAUGAACUUGAGAAACUUGAGGAACUCCUGACAAAUGCUUUGAGGAAUACGAAAGCCAAAAAGAUGUUGGCAAAAGAAAACAAUGGUGGUGCCGGUGCAAGUACAAGCAGCCAGAUGUUGCUUUACUCGGCAGAGCGUGCAACCGACAAAUGAAACGGGGCGUGCAUCUGUUGCUAACGGGGCGGUGCCGGUGCCGCAUACUAUUGUUGUGUAGCUGAGGUUUGUCAAGGUGGCUGCUGGCAAGGUUAGCCGAGGAAGUGGAGUUCAAUAACAGGAUGCGGAAACUGUGCCGCUCCUUGCCGAACUUAAGCCCCGUUACGUUGUCGCACAAAGUUUAUUUCCUAGCACUGUGCUUGCUGCUUAUGUUUGUUUGGAUGUGCCAACCUGCAGUGACCCUCGUGGAGCCUGGGUCUCACGCUCCUCUUACCUAGUGUGAUGUGCAGAAAAAGUGUGAUGCUGUAAAAUUAUGUGAUUGCCUAGCAGAUGUCAAAUUUUCAAUCAGUAGCUAACUCCUUUUAAUGGUACAGGCUUGCAUGAUUU